GCGCGGGACCCGCGCGGGGCCAUGGAGGAGCCGCUAGGGUCGCCGCCCGCCGCCCUGUCGGCGCUGGAGAAGAACGUGGCGGAGCUGACCGUCAUGGAUGUGUACGACAUCGCGUCGCUCGUGGGCCACGAGUUCGAGAGGGUCAUCGACCAGCACGGCUGCGAGUCCAUCGCGCGCCUCAUGCCCAAGGUCGUGAGGGUCCUGGAGAUCCUCGAGGUGCUGGUGAGCCGGCAUCACGUCGCUCCCGAGCUGGACGAACUGCGCCUGGAGCUGGACCGGCUGCGCGUGGAGAGGAUGGACCGCAUUGAGAAGGAGCGCAAGCAUCAGAAGGAGCUGGAGCUGGUGGAGGAUGUGUGGCGGGGCGAGGCGCAGGACCUCCUGUCUCAGAUUGCCCAGCUGCAAGAGGAGAAUAAGCAACUGUUGACCAACCUCAACCACAAGGAUGUGGGCUUCUCUGAGGAGGAGUUCCAGAAGCAGGAAGGCAUGUCAGAGCGGGAGCGGCAGGUGAUGAAGAGGCUGAAGGAAGUGGUGGACAAGCAGAGGGACGAGAUCCGAGCCAAAGACAGGGAGCUUGGCCUGAAGAAUGAGGACGUUGAGGCUCUGCAGCAGCAGCAGACGAGGCUAAUGAAGAUCAACCAUGACCUUCGGCACCGGGUCACGGUGGUGGAGGCCCAGGGGAAGGCCUUAAUUGAGCAGAAGGUGGAGCUUGAGGCAGAUCUGCAGACCAAGGAGCAGGAGAUGGGCAGCCUUCGGGCAGAACUCGGGAAGCUGAAGGAGAGGCUGCAGGGCGAGCACAGCCAGAACGGGGAGGAGGAGGAGGCCGAGAUACAGCUGCAGGCGGAUGGAGAGGAGUGCAUCUCAGACUCAGAGAAGGCUGCCCUGGACCUCAAGGACCCCAACCGCCCUCGGUUCACGCUACAGGAGCUGCGGGACGUGCUGCAUGAGAGGAAUGAGCUGAAGUCUAAGGUGUUCCUGCUGCAAGAGGAGCUGGCCUACUAUAAGAGCGAAGAAAUAGAAGAGGAGAAUCGAAUACCCCAGCCUCCGCCCAUCAUACACCCAAGAACGUCCCCCCAGCCGGAGUCCGGGAUCAAGCGACUGUUUAGCUUUUUCUCCCGGGACAAGAAGCGCCUGGCCAACACGCAGAGACCCACGCACAUCCAUGAGUCCUUUGGCCAGUGGGCACACACUCACCGAGAUGACGGGUACACAGAGCAAGGACAGGAAGCCCUGCAGCACCUGUGACUGUGCCCCCUCCUGGACCGCCUGCCGCCUGCUCCGGGUGACUGCCUCCACAUCGACCCCUCAAACGAACUGUCUGCUUUGAGGAUAGAUGAGGAAGAACUGAUG